AUGAUGGACAAUCCAAGCGGCAACCAGCAAGAUUCGAUGAGCUUCAAGGCUGCCAAGAUGGCUUACCAACUCGUUGAAUCAACUGAACGAUUCCUAACUACUGCAGGCGAAUUAGACUCUCAAUCCAUCAACCUUGUGGGGAACAAUAUCAAUGAUCACAUCACAAGAGUGAUUCAGCAGUACGAGAACGUUUGUAUGAUCGUCAAUGCCCUCCAAGCCAUCUCGCUGUGUGUGGGUGAUCCUCAAAAUCGCACCUCGCUGUUAACUGCUGCAACGUCGGCAUCCACCUCUUCUUCUACUGCUUUAUCCAGAAUCUACUCUCAAAUCUCAUCGCUACAAAUUGACGACAAUACCGCCAGAGAGAGCUUGAACCAACUCGCUUUGUUGGUGCAACAGUCCAAAUUGGUCCAUGUCAAGUUGGAGGUAAGUAGUAGUAGUAGCAACGCCAGUUCACAGCCUAUGCAAAUCAGCCCUCCUCCUCCUCCUUCUUCUUCCUCUUCAACUCAAAACAUGGACAAUGAAAGGCGUGAAUUGGCAUUAAAGCGAAAGCAAUUUGACGAGGAAAAAGAAGAGUUUGAACGUGAGAGAAAGCGUCUUUUGUUGGACAAAGAAACUGCUAAUCAAAGACUAAAGAAGCAACAUUUGAUUGAGCAACAAGAUCAACAACGAAAGCAGCUUGUGCAACAACAACAACAACAACAACAAAAACAAAAAGAGCAACAGCAACACCUUCAACUUCAGCAACAACGGUACGAACAAAGAUUACUAGAGUUGCAAAAUCAAAAACGAGAAAGGCAGAAACUAGAGCAAGAAAAGAAACAAAAGGAACAGCAAGACAAGAAAAACCUAGCAAAGCAAAAGCAACAUAUCCACGUUUUGUCCACUGAUCAGUUUCUUGAGCAGUUUGAAAAAACUGCCGAAACAUUUGCGCAAUCAAUCAAUAUGGACAUUGACAAUGUGUGGGAAUCCAUGCUGAUUCAUGCGUUGCCAAAGGAUAAACUUCCUUGGGCAAACGAAACCAUCAUUGGAAAAAAGCAUCCCUGGCGAUAUGCAAAGCAGUUGUAUUACAUAAAAUAUGCUGAAAAACUGAACAAUGCCCUCUCUUUUCCUACUGACCAUCCUGCCGAAACUGGCUCAAGCUCCAGCAUCCCAGCUGCCCCUACGGCUGCUUUUGCAGCUACCAAUGCUGUUACCCAGGCCACCGCCAGUACUUCUUCUAUUGAUGUCGUCCCCACCAAUGGUGCUCCCACUAUCACCACCACAACAACUGUCAAUGCUCCUCUUUCUCCAUUACGAAAACUACUCGAGCGUCCUGCUCCCUCAACAGCGGACCCACCCAAGGAACGGGAUCAACGCCGAAUUGCAGACUAUUGUCAACAUUUGUUGAGCUUGGAAAUGAAGUUCUACGACACCAUUGAGCAGUACAACAAGCGUUAUAUGCGCUACUGCACCAUCGCUAAUGUGGAUUUAACUGGAAAAAACUUCAUUGAUCGGUACAUCAGAUCGUUAGAUCCUAAAUACCGUGAUAUCGUCCGCGCUGCCCUCCAGCUUCACAAACAACCAUUGAAUCAUAUCAAGGAUGUGAUGGCUGUGGCAGAAGAAACUGUGAAUGCCUAUAUUGCUGCGUCUCGAACCCGUAGUAAUGCUCCUUACAGCCAAAAUUGUGUCCAUAACCGUAAAGUCAAUCAAACAGUGUAA